AUGGGGACUGGAGCAGAGCUGAGCAUAUUCAUUGUCUUUCCCUUUUUAGAAGAAUCCUGCAUGGAGUUUUUAAAGGAUAUGUCACAAUUAAUCUUGGAAAAGAUGCCAAAGGCUGACUAUUCCAGCUUGUUCAAUGAUUUUGUUGAAUCUGAGUUUUUUCUGAUUGAUGGAGACUCAUUACUUGUCACAUCUGUGUGUGAGAUGUCGCUUAAGCCAGGGCAGAGUCUCCACUUCUUCUACCUGAUUGAACACUGCCUCUUGGACAUGAUUAACAAAGGGGGGCAAUUUGCCAUCGUUUUCUUUAAGGAUGCUGAGUAUGCAUACUUCAAUGCCCCUCAACUUCUUGCACUGAGAACUGCUCUAAUUCUGCAUCUUCAGAAGAAUACCACCAUUGAUGUUUGGACUCAGUUUUCUGGCUGCUUGUCAGAAGAGUGGAAUAGUUGCUUGGACCAGAAUUGCCCGUAUUUCUUGAUCCUGGCCGAUGAAGGCCUGAAUGACCUGCAAACACACCUUUUCAACUUUUUAGUCAUUCAGUCUUGGGCAGCAAAGGUCAAUAUUGUGCUUUUCUCAGGGCAAACAUCUGACAUCCUCCGGCUUUAUGCAUACUUUAUGCAAAGCUCACAUAGAAAGCAGAUGUUUUUCAAGAAGAAUAAGAGCAUAAUUAUGACUGUUUAUAAAUCCCUGAUCCAAAGGUUGGAAAAAUAUAGAGAGAUGGCUAUAACAACUCUGUUUGGAGAUAUAAAAUUCAAUAAUAUGGUGGGAGAGGCAUGUGAGACUAUAUCUCUGCUUAAGCAACUCUGGCCAGAAGGAUCUGACAUCUGACGUGUCCUUUGCGUCACUUCAUGCUCUUUGUCCUUGGAGAUGUACCACUGCUUUUUAGAAAACAGAGAUAAGGAAGCAUCCCAGCAAGCACCGGAAGUCAAGCAGAAAGAAGAUAGUUGCUUAACCCUGAAGGACAUGGAAGACUUUUGUAGGCUACAUUGCCUCAGUGUGAGUUUUCUGCUCCAUUUGCCUCUCUCCCAGAGAGCUCGCUCAAGAUUCAUCACUUCUAACUGGAUUAAGGGCCUUAAGACUGUCUUUAAAGUGAAAAAGUGGUGUGAAUAUUUCAUCCUAAGUAACGUGCACAUGUUUGAAUUCUGGAGUCUGAAUUUCCUUCACCUUUCUGAUUUAAGUGAUGAGCCUUUGUUGAAGAAUAUUGCUUUUUACUAUGAAAAUGAAAAUACAGAAGGCCUGGAUUUGAAUGUAGGAGAUGCCAUCAUGAAGGAGUAUGACCAUCUCUGGAGCACUGUGUCAAAGUUGGUCACAAAAUUUAAUGUCGGGAAUCCAUUUCCUUUGAGAACAACAAAGCUUCAUUUCCUUCAGAAGACCCCAUCACCAAUCAAAGAAAGUUCCCGGGAGACAAUGCCAAAUUUGGGGUUUAUUCCAAUGUCAUGUACUUUGGUUGAUGACUUUACUGGAGACAUUUUGAAAGACUUGCCUUUCCUAAAGAAUGAUGAUCCCACUGUCACCUCACUGGUCAAGCAUAAGGAAUUUGAUGAGCUUGUGCACUGGCAUUCCCACAGACCCCUCAGUGAUGACUAUGACAGGACAAAGGCCAAUUUUAAUGAACAUUCAAGAGACCCCAAACAUCUUAGAAGCGUGCAGAAGUAUCAUGUUUUUCAGCGAUUUUAUGGGAACUCAUUAGAUUCAGUCUCUUCAAAGGUCAUCACAACUCAAAGCCCUAAGCCAAAGAAGGAUUGUGUCAAGUCCAAGAGCACAAAGACACAUGAGACCAAGGCUGACAUAAUUGCUAGAGAGAAUAAGAAAAGGUUACUUGCCAAUGAAGAACAGAAAGAAGAACAAAGAUGGAAGGUCCUGUCAUUUUCUAUUGAGCAGGAGAUGAAAAAAAACUUAAACUCUGGAAUAAAGAAGCUGGAAGAGUUCUUGAAGUCAUGUAAAAGUAACUCAGUCAAAGUUCAGGCUGAAAAAGUAGGGUUAAAGGCUUGCUUGGCAGUGUGGAAGGAGCACUGCCGAGCUGAAGGUGAAACUAUGAAAGACUUAAGUGUAGCUGUUGAAAUGAUGAAGAGAAUCCAUUCCUUGUUGGACAAACAUUCUGAACUUCUGCAAGAAGCAGACAAGAAACUCAUAGCCAGAUGUCUUACAUAUUUAGGAUUUGAUGAGCUAGCAAAUUCUAUAUAUCCAACUCAGAAUGCAGAAGAUGACAUAAAAAUGACAAAAAAGAAUAAAUAUUCAGUUGGGAUUGGGCCAGCUCGCCUCCAACUACAAUAUAUGGGUCACUAUUUGAUACGAGAAGAAAGGAAAGAUCCAGACCCCAGAGUUCAGGAUUUUAUUCCGGACACAUGGCAGAGAGAGCUCCUGGAUGUGGUGGAUAACUAUGAGUCUGCAGUCAUUGUUGCCCCAACAUCCUCUGGCAAAACUUAUGCUUCCUACUACUGCAUGGAGAAGGUGCUGAAGGAGAGUGAUGAAGGCGUGGUUGUGUAUGUUGCACCAACAAAGGCUCUUGUUAACCAAGUGGCAGCAACUGUUCAAAGUCGUUAUACCAAAACUCUGCCAGCUGGUGAAGUUCUGUGUGGUGUUUUCACGAGGGACUACCGUCACGAUGCCCUCAACUGUCAGGUGCUCGUUACCGUGCCUGUCUGCUUUGAAAUUCUUCUACUAGCUCCUCAUCGCCAAAAUUGGGUGAAGAGGAUCAGAUAUGUUAUCUUUGAUGAAGUUCAUUGUCUUGGUGGAGAAAUUGGAGCAGAAAUCUGGGAACAUCUCCUGGUCAUGAUCCGCUGUCCCUUUUUGGCCCUGUCAGCUACCAUAAGUAACCCUCAGCACCUCACCGAGUGGCUCCAGUCAGUAAAGAGGUAUUGGAAACAAGUAGACAGUGCCAUGGAAGAAAGAACUUUUUCCGAAAGAAGUGCUGGCUCCCGUGGCAGUUACCACAAAGACCGAGUGCGAGCCAGACAGUCAUACAAAGUUAGACUUGUGCUCUAUGAGGAGAGAUACAAUGAUCUGGAGAAAUAUUUGUGUUCUGUGAGAGAGGACGAUGUUUGCUUUGAUCAUUUUCACCCUUGCGCUGCCCUAACCAUAGAUCAUAUUGAAAAGUAUGGAUUUCCUUCUGAUCUCACCUUGUCACCCCGAGAAAGCAUCCAGCUAUAUGACACUAUGUGUCAGGUCUGGGAGAGAUGGCCCCGGGCCCAGAACCUGUGUCCAGAGAACUUCACUCAUUUUAAGGAUAAAAUAGUCAUUAAAAAGUCGGAUGCUAGAGAAUAUGAAAAAAGCCUAAAGGAAGAAUUCAGGAAUUGGAUUAAAAAUGGGAAUGAGGAGGAGGCCAGGAUGGUGCUGAAGAAACUGAGUCCUAGUUUCCAUGACUACCCAGGGCGGAUGCUGGACUUCUUUCCAUGUCUUGUUGAGAAGCUAAGCAAAAUGGGGAAGCUGCCUGCAAUAUUCUUUCUAUUUAGAUUACGUGAUGUAGAAAAUUGUGCUGAGGAGUCUUGCAUAUUCCUAGAGAAGAAACAGGAGGAGAAAAAGCCUCCCAAAGCUGAUAAAGAAGCUCACGUCAUGGCUACCAAACUUCGAAAAAUUAAAAAAUCAUUGGAGAAAGAAAAGAUAUUGGAUGAAAAAAGCCAGAAAUCCCCUAGAAGAUCGGAUCAAGUGCUCAUGUAUCAAACUGAACACGAUUACCUCCUGAAGAAUCUGGAGAAGAAUCUGGAGAUUCCCAAGGACUGCACAUAUGCUGAUCAGAAAGCAAUAGAUGAUAAGUCAUUGCAGAUGGUGUUUGAUCGAGUGAAAUAUCAAAGAAAAGAGGACAUACUGAAGAAUUUGGCAAGACGGGGCAUUGGCUAUCACCACAGCUCCAUGACAGCGAAAGAAAAGCAGUUAGUUGAAAUUCUCUUUAGAAAAGGAUUCAUCAGGGUGGUGACAGCUACUGGAACACUCGCUUUAGGAGUCAACAUGCCUUGUAAAUCUGUGGUGUUUGCUCAAAACUCAGUCUAUUUGGAUGCUUUAAAUUUUAGACAGAUGUCCGGUCGGGCUGGAAGACGAGGGCAAGACCUGCUGGGGGACGUCUACUUCUUUGAUAUUCCACUGCCCAAAGUAGGAAAACUCAUAAAGUCCAAAGUUCCGGAGCUGAGGGGCCAGUUUCCCCUCAGUGUCUCACUCAUCCUAAGACUCUUGCUGCUGGCUUCGAAGGCAGAUGACCCAGAGGACGGCAAGGCAAAGGCACUGUCAGUGCUGAAACACUCAUUGUUAUCCUUCAAAAAACCCCGAACCACAGAGACAUUAAAGCUUUACUUCUUAUACUGUUUGCAGUUCCUGGUGAAAGAGGGAUAUAUAGAUCAAGAAGGCAAUCCUACAGGGUUUGCUGGCCUUGUAUCACAUUUACAUUAUCAUGAACCAUCUAAUUUGGUUUUUGUCAGCUUUCUUGUAAAAGGUCUUUUCCAUAAACUUUGUCAGCCAACUAGUAGAGAUCCAAAACGCUUUUCUGAGGAUAUAAUGGAAAAUCUGGUUUUAGUAUUGGCACAUCUUUUUGGAAGAAGAUAUAUUCCAGCCAAGUUCCAAGAUGCUAACAUCAAGUUUUGUCAAUCAAAGGUGUUCCUUGAUGAUCUCCCUGAGGACUUCAGAGACGCCUUGCUUGAGUACAACAUGCAAGUGUCAGAGGACUUUGCUUCUUUUCUGCUAAUUGUGUCCCAAUUGGCUGAUAUGAAACAGGAGUAUCAACUCCCCUUGUCAAAAAUUGAAUUCACAGGCAAGGAAUGUGAAGACUCUCCACUUGUGUCUCACUUGAUGAACUGCAUGGAAGGAAGGGGGGCAGUCUCACCAUUUGUCUGUCUGUCUGGAAACUUUGAUGUGGAUUUGCUUCAUCCAGAAGUUGCAAAUGAUGUCAUCCUGAAAACAAUUGGUAUCAAUCACACACAAGCCCCAGUGCUCUGGCCAGACAGAGUGGACAAUCGAGGAAGAAAAAUGCCACUUAAUGCAUAUGCUCUUGACUUCUAUAAGCAUGGAUCCCUUAUGGGAUUAGUCCAGGACAAUAGGAUACAUGAAGGGGAAGCCUACUAUUUGUUGAAAGAUUUUGGUCUUACCAUUAAAUCUAUCAGUGUUUCCUUGCGUGAACUGUGUGAAAAUGAAGAAGACAAUGUUGUUCUAGCAUUUGAACAAUUGUCUGAGUCCUUUUAUGAAAAGCUUGAGAAAGUGUGAGAAGAAAAACUAUGUAAACUGUCUAAAAUAUCACCAUAGAAGCUAUGCAAGUUAUAUAUUUUUAUUCUUAUGUCUUUAUAAGAAAAUGAAAAAAUUCUUAUGACUUGAUGAAAUGAAGUGAACAAGCAGUUUGGAGUAAAAGAGUUGCCAUCAAACCUGAUGUUCUUGACUCUAAGCACCUUGACCAAAUUACAUGGUGUGCUUGCGUCUUGGUUUCUCUAAGUGAGUGACUAAAAAUCCUUAUGUCUCCAAAUUAUUCAAUGAUUCAGUGAAUGAGAAAAUACAAGUAUUUUGCACAUACAUGUUUGAAAAUGAUGCUUACAUUCCAUGAGACCCAAAUAAAUGUACCAUUUUAAAUAUUUUCACUGUUAAUAUAUGUGAAAAGUUCAUCAAACUAGAAAUUAUCCUGGAAUUGUUACAGAAUAUUAUUCCAGUAUCCCGGAAAUAUAAUAUAUUCUAGCCAAUCAACAUCAAUGAUUUCAGUGCUUAGAUAGCUUGUUGUUGAAAUAACACAUCUUAGUAAAUAAGCUAUUUGUAAAAAAAAAGAAUGUUUUGGUCUACUUUUUGUGGUGCUUUAAAAAAGAACAUUAGUUAAUGUUUUAUUUCAUUUUAGUUGUAUAUAA